AUGGAGGCCUCUUAUGAGUACACGUCUCUCUCCCACUCCAGGGCGACGCGCCUGAUCAGGCUCUACCCCGACGCAAACGAAGACGCGCCGCUUGGGUGCGAACUGGAAGAAGUCUCCGUUGACAAACCUCUUCCGCCUUAUGUCGCGCUCUCGUAUACCUGGAACAACGAAGAACCAAGCGUGAAGCUGAAGAUUUCGGCAUCGGCAGGAGGCGAUCCGGCCGUCACCAGGAUUCUCUUGAUAACGCCCAACUGCGCCGCUGCGUUGAAAGUGCUCAGAAACUCCGAUCUUGUCCGACAACAUGGACUUUGGAUCGACGCCAUCUGUAUCAAUCAGGCUUGCAAUGAUGAAAAGGGUGACCAAGUAGCGAUGAUGGCGACAAUCUACGACGAGGCUAAACAUGUCCUAGUUUGGCUUGGAUCCGAAUGGGCACCCAAGACUUACCAGGACGUGGCACCUUUCGACAAGCGGUGGCUACGAAAAGUCUGCGAGUUCCACAAUGGCCUCAAGGGGUGCAUGGAAUUUUUGCUGAUAAGCUUGAAACGUCAUGCCUUUCGGCCAACCCUCCGCAGUAUGAUUAUUCAGUCCAACACAUCUUCACGACCUCUUACUGAUGACUUGAGAUUAGUGAUCGAUAAGGAGGUUCUCAUGCACAUGAUGAAAGCCCCCUACUGGGCGAGGGCGUGGACUUUUCAAGAGACCAUGAAUCCCUCGACGAAGCUCUUGUGCCAAGACUCCCGUCAUUGCCCUGUCUAUGUCUUGUGGUACGGAUUGCAGCAGAUUUCGUUUUCUAGCAGCUGA